UAUAACGCAACGCAUCCGUGGUCUGUCUCCGUACGGGGCGAGGCGUGAUAUAGGUCGUCGUCCACUUCAUCGUCCCUCCGCCUCCCCAUCUCUCUCUUUCUUCCCCGCUCCAAAAGCCUCGCACUUGCACCGUCUCCACCAGCUUAGCUCUCUCUCUGCAACUCAAUUUCAUUAUCGCAUCUACACACACACACACACACACGCAUAUGUAUAUACACACUUUUGUGUAUAUUUACAUGAACGCAGGCCGUGCUGGCUUUUGAACUGGAGAGAGGCGGUACAGUACAGUAGCGUAGACUAGUAGUAUUAGUUCCUUAUUAAUCUUCUCUCGAAACUCUGAUUAAUUGCUAAGAUGGAUGAAAUGUAUGGUUUCCAUCCGACGACGAAUGAAGACUACGUGGACAAGAUCCUUAUGUCGCCGGAGAACCUGAUGAUGCCGGCGGAGUACCAGAACUUCUACUCCUCCUCCUCUGCCGGCGUCGGCGAUCACUUCCGGAUUCCGGUAUUCGGAUCGGACGAGUUGAUCUCCGCAGCUUCGGCAAUAUCCGAGGCCGCCUCGAUUACGCCGGCAGGAAUACGACGGAGUGAUGGAGAUCGUGAUGGUCUGUCGAGUGUGAUCAAGGCCAAGAUCGCUUCCCAUCCUUCGUAUCCGAGGUUGAUUGAGGCUUACAUCGCUUGCCAGAAGGUCGGAGCGCCACCGGAGAUAGCAUCUUUGUUAGACGAAAUCCAGCGAGAAAAUUUCGUCUGUAAGCGAGAUUCGUAUUUCACGUGCUUGGGGGACGAUCCUGAACUUGACGAGUUUAUGGACACCUUCUGUGAUAUAUUGGUGAAGUACAAGUCGGAUCUCUCGAGGCCUUUUGAUGAAGCAACCAGCUUCUUGAGCAACAUUGAAAUGCAACUCAGCAAUCUAUGCAAAGACGAUGGCGACGGCUCAUCUGAUGAGGAACUUGGUGGAAGGGAGAUUGAAGGACAAGAAGCAGAAACAAGGAGUGAAGACCAAGAACUUAAAGACAAACUUUUGCAGAAAUAUGGCAAUCAUAUUAGUAGCUUGAAGUUUGAAUUUUCAAAGAAGAAGAAGAAAGGAAAGUUGCCGAAAGAGGCAAGGCAAACGUUACUCCAGUGGUGGAAUAUGCACUACAAGUGGCCUUACCCAACAGAAGCCGAUAAAAAUGCAUUGGCUGAAUCAACCGGGCUUGAUCAGAAGCAAAUUAACAAUUGGUUUAUCAAUCAGCGGAAGCGUCACUGGAAGCCAUCAGAGGACAUGCAGUUAGCUGUGCUGGAUGGCGACUCGGGACAUUUUUUCACAAAUGACUGAGAGGCUGUCUUUUCCCUCUGGAAAACAUGUAUGAUAAAAAGAGUACAAUUGCGACGCUCUCCACUUGCACUGGAAGACUUCUGUACUAGGACUCAGAAUUUGCUGGCACUGCUCUUUCAAUGGGCACAUACACUAAAUAUGUAUGUUGUAUUUUUUUUGGGAUAGAAGAUGAAUGUUACUUUAAACAAU